CAUACGAAUCCCAGCGCCACCGUCCGUCAUCUCUCAUCUCUCUCUCCAUAUCUGAGAGGAAAUCGUUUUCAAUUUUCAUUCUCGCCUGCCUGUCUCUUAUCUCCCUCUCAGAUCGAACGAAUAUCUCCGCGCAAUUCGUCGCCGCCGAUCCAAACCGCGUUCGCCUCCGAAGGGCCUCCUCCUCCUCCGGCGAUCCGACUCCCCCGGCGGCGUUCGGCUUAGGGCUCUCUCUCUCCACCGUAGCGGAGGCGAGAUUCCUUGCGGUGUGAUCGGAUCCGUCGCGGCGGCGCGGGGUGGGUUGGGGUGGGGGCGGCGAUCGAUCAUGGGCCAACAGUCGCUGAUCUACAGCUUCGUGGCGCGGGGGACGGUGGUCCUCGCCGAGUACACGGAGUUCACCGGCAAUUUCACCACCAUCGCCUCCCAGUGCCUCCAGAAGCUCCCCGCCACCAACAACAAGUUCACCUACAACUGCGACGGCCACACCUUCAACUACCUCGUCGAGGACGGCUUCACCUAUUGUGUAGUUGCAGCUGAAUCUGCUGGCAGACAGAUUCCCAUUGCUUUCUUGGAAAGAAUCAAGGAUGACUUCAACAAAAGAUAUGGUGGGGGAAAAGCUGCAACAGCUGCUGCCAACAGCCUGAACAGAGAAUUUGGUUCCAAGUUGAAGGAACACAUGCAAUACUGUGUUGACCAUCCAGAAGAAAUCAGCAAGCUUGCGAAAGUGAAAGCUCAAGUAUCUGAAGUGAAAGGUGUUAUGAUGGAAAAUAUUGAAAAGGUUCUUGACCGGGGUGAGAAGAUUGAGCUGCUGGUUGAUAAAACUGAGAACCUUCGCUCUCAGGCACAAGAUUUCAAGCAACAGGGAACAAAGAUAAGGAGGAAGAUGUGGCUCCAGAAUAUGAAGAUUAAGUUGAUUGUCUUGGGGAUCAUCAUUGCCUUGAUACUCAUAAUUAUCCUGUCCGUUUGCCAUGGAUUCAAAUGCUAGUCUCCAGAAGUUCACGGGUACUUCCCAACUCGCUGAUUACCGCCGUUUCUGAUUUGACUGCUUCACUCGCCGAGGUCAUGGGCCAUCUCGAUUUUUCUCUCUUUCUCUCAAUUUUUGGGUUUUUUCCUUCUCCUUUUUCCCCUUUAGCCAUUCUCCCUUUACCCCAAUGGCAGUCUUUUCUUCUGGGGUAGGGGUCUUGUAUCGUGGAUUUGGUUGUAUGUGGUGGUAGUUGAUUUCAGGUAGAUAAUUUCUUACGUAUGGACAUAUUCUCCCCAACUUUUAUUUCGUAUAGUAUGUGAAAAUCUUAAAA